AUGGUGUCUCUCACACACAACAUAUCCUUUCUCAUUCUCUUGUUCCUCGGCGUCCUUGCCCUCUCCCUCUUUUGCGACUGUAGCCCUCCUAAACCAUCACCGGAUCCCCACAACCCGCCAAAAAAUCCCGUCAAACCGCCUCAGUCACCUGCUGUCAAACCGCCAAAACCACCCAAGAAACCGCCCACCGUUAAACCACCUCCAUCAACCCCUAAACCACCCAUGAAACCGCCAACCAUUAAACCACCUACCCACAAGACUCCACCUGUGGUAACGUCGGCAACACCGUGCCCAGCAUCAACACUGUACCCACCACCAUCACCGUGCCCACCACCAACACCUUGCCCACCACCAACACCAACACCAACUCCACCUGUCGUAACGCCGCCAACACCAGCCCCACAUGUUGUUACACCGCCAAAACCAGAGGCUUGCCCAAUCGACACGCUGAAAUUAGGCGCUUGUGUGGACAUUCUUGGAGGUUGCAUUCACAUGGGAAUUGGUAAAAGCUACGCUAAGGAAACGUGUUGCCCGGUUUUGGGAGGUUUAUUUAGCAUGGACGCAGCAAUUUGCCUAUGUACUACCAUUGAAGCCAAAUUUUUCAAUAUGGACCUCAUCAUUCCCAUUGCUAUUGAGAUUCUUCUCGACUGCGGAAAGCCUCCACCUCCUGGCUUCAAAUGUUGUGGAGUAAAGAAAUGUGAUUUUCAUAGUCAUGCACAUUGUACUGAUGGACAUGUGAUACGUGCCCUACAGCGUAGGCUACUGACCAAGUACAUGCGCAUAAAUUUCGUUGUAUAUAUGUACACAUCUACGCCAACAAAUAUAUCAUAG